AUGUAUCAGAUCCUUAUCGAUCGGUUUGCUACGACGAAGCCGAAGCACUGCGAGAAGUUGAACGAGUAUUGCGGUGGCAGCAUCCCGGGCAUCAUGGACAAAGUGAGCUAUCUUGAGGAGCUGGGUGUCGACGGCAUCGUCCUUUCGCCGAUCGUAGACCAGAUGCCGCACGGGUACCAUGGCUACUGGACGAAAGAUCUCACGAAGGUGAAUCCUGCUUACGGAACCGAGGAAGAUGUGCGAGAGAUGGUCAUCCUGCUUCAUGAGCGCAAGAUGAAGGUCAUCGUUGAUGUGAACAUGAACCACGCCGGGUCCCAGAAGAUCAACGCCAGCAAUCCACGAGAUGUGUCCUUGCUGAAACCCUUCGACAAGCCUGAGCACUAUCACUCGGACAACUGCAGCCUCAUCCACGACUCCGACUACGAGCGUGGUUCUUAUUUCUUGGAGCACUGCAAGCUCUAUGGGCUGCCGGAUUUCAAUCACGAGAACCCCGUCGUGUGGCAGGGCUUGAUGCAGUGGGUGCGAGACCAUGUGGACAAGUACGGGUUCGACGGUAUUCGCGUGGAUGCUGCAAGACACAUCAACAGGAACUUCUUGAACCACAUCCCGGAGACUGGUCCACCCAUUCCUGCGUAUUACGAGGUGGUGAACACGGACAUGGCUUAUGUUUCUGGCUAUGCUACCGGGGAUUACGGUGCCAUCUACAACUAUCCUCUGUACUUCGUGCUGAAGGACAUCUUUGUUCCCGGACCAAAGCAGAAGCCAAUGUCUGCUCUGGGUGAUUGGAUUGUCAAGCAGUCGCCCAAGGCCCAGGGCCGACUGAUGCUGAACUUCCUGGACAACAAUGACCUGCCUCGCUUUUUGUACCGGAUUGGCGAGGGUGGCGGCGUGGCCGAGGCAACCAUGGUGGCGCUGUACCACAACGCUUUGCUGGCAAUGAUGGGAAUGGAGGGCUUGCCAGCGAUUCUCUUCGGCUCGGAGCAGAAUGCUCGCGGUCGUCUCAAUUAUUCAGAUCCGCUGAAGGUGGACAACUGGAGGCAGCCCUUGUGGCAUCACGGCUACAACACGUCAACGUCGACCUACCAGCUCAUCAAGAAGGUGCUGUGGGUCCGGCAGCGCACGAAUGGACUGCAUGCCUUCAAGUCCAUUCCUGUGUACAUGGACCACCAGGUCUUGGUGUGGGCUCGGGGUCCGGCCAUUUUUGCCGUGAGCAACGCAGGACAGCCGAGCAAGAUCCCCUCGCAACGCGUCCUUUGGGACAAUGCGACGGCCGGGCUGGGCCCCUACGGGACACCAUCCCUCGUGUGCAACAUCCUGGAUGAGUAUCCCCUCAAGGACUGCGGUGUGCUGGUUCCGGGCAACAUCUCUAGGCUGCAUCUCACAUCUGAUCCAAAGCUCUAUGUGCCAAAAGAGUACAUCACUGAGUAUCUAUCAGUCUUGAAGAUUCGCAAGAAAGAAGGUGACAGAGUUUCUGAAGAAACAAAGAAUGAUCCAGCAGUGCUGCCUUUUACUAUGUGGAAGGCGAUGCCGGAGCCUCCCAAGAUUCAGAUCCAGGCUCAGAAGCGACUGCCACGCUCAUGGAGACCUGGAACAGUGACGUUGAACGGAAACCCGUCCUGGGUAUGGCACACAUUUCCCCAGCUGCCGUGUGGAGCUCGGUU